CAAUAAAGCCGCAGCCCGUCUCUCUCUCCCCUUCAAUCUCGAUUCCAUAGCUUCCGCCGCUAGGGUUUUGACCUGCAGCUUCCUCGCCACUCCACCACUUCAACCCCUGUUCGAUCCCGGCCAUCGGAUCGAUGGCGUCGGACGCAGCGGCGGGGAAGGACAAGAUGCUGACGCUGAUCAGCUGCGACAAGGAGAACUUCGAGGUGGAGGAGUCGGUGGCGAGGGAGUCGCGGACCAUCCUGCACAUGAUCGAGGAUGGCUGCACCGACAACGGCAUCCCGGUCCCCAACGUCAACUCCAAGAUCCUCGCCAAGGUCAUCGAGUACUGCAAGAAGCACGUCGAGGCGCGCCGCGGCGCCGACGCGGACGCCGUUGAGCCAACUGCCGCGACCAACAAGGCCUCCGACGACGAGCUCAAGACCUUCGAUGCUGACUUCGUCAAGGUGGAACAGGCCACCCUCUUCGACCUCAUCCUGGCUGCAAACUACCUGGACAUCAAGGGGCUCCUGGAUCUGACCUGCCAGACCGUUGCGGAUAUGAUCAAGGGGAAGACUCCGGAGGAGAUCCGCAAGACCUUCAACAUCAAGAACGACUUCACCCCUGAGGAAGAGGAGGAAGUGAGGAGGGAGAACCAGUGGGCCUUCGAAUGAGGAGGCUGAGGCUCUAACGACAGCAAUCUCCUAUAACCAGGCCAGCGGGGAACGUGUUAUGCCAGGAACUUAGGAUGACUCGGAUGUUACGAGUUUGGAGCAGCUAUACUGUCUCGGGUUUAACAAAUCGCUUAGAAGGUGUAUGUAGGUUCGGUUGGUUGUGAGCAGACUAUUUUGCUGACUCCCGUUAUUUUUGGUGCCAGUGCCACUGGUGCAUGCUCUCUUGGAUCGUUAAGAGGCUGGUUGGUUAUCAAGCAUUGCUGGUUAUUCUGAA